UAUGUGAAAGCAAACUUUAUCCUAUUUAAGUUAUUCUUAUGCUUAUAAUCUGGUGGCUACAUUGUUUUCGGAGUAGAAUUUACGCCAAGCAACUGCUGUCUAUCUGCUGCUGACAUUAAAUGUCAUUCAGACAAAUAAAAACCCAGAAAUGGGAGGACGGCGACGUUCUACAGCGACACAAGGGGAGGUGUCAGAAAUGAGCCCAACAGGAUCGGAUUCCUCCCUGUAUUCGGAUAAAAAGAAGCAAACACAUCUUCGAUGUGAACGACAGCGUCGUGAGGCCAUCAAUAGUGGGUACUCUGAUUUGAAAGAGCUGAUUCCACAGACCGCCUCCGCGAUGGGAUGUAAAACUACAAAUGCUGCUAUACUUUUCAGGGCUUGUGAUUACAUGGCACAGUUAACAUCGGAGGUGGAAGCCAAUGAAAAGGAGUUGCAGCAAUUAACUGCACAGGUAUCUGCACUGGAAAUGAUUGCUGCACAGUAUGAAACUAUGGCUGCUGAAGCUCCUUCUAGUAACUCUUCCUCGCUGCAAGCCCGAAUGUUGCAAAUUCUACUUGAUGAUUGCUUUUCGUCGUUCGUUGAACAAGUGGACUUCUCAUCGUAUGCUACAAUCACGCGGACACUGCUCACCUGGGUAGAACAGCUAGCCGCUCACAAUGAUCAAUUCAAGAAGACGGCUGGUCAGAUGGUCACACUUCCGUUUACACUUCGCUGACUUACACUCGGGCCGAUCUACAGUAACGUAACCUCACUGAAUGAUUUCAUCGUUUACACAAACAUUUCCAUUUUUCAUCUUUUUAUGCUUGCAUUCGAACCGUCGUGAUAAUGAGAUGGCAACUAAGUCAUGUCAUUAUAAUCUACACUACGUAGCGGGUCUUGUCUGGAGAAAGAAUAGUCAGAAGAAUAAGAAACUUUAUAAGCUACUGUUAGUGUUUCUCUGCAUGCAUCAACUUCUUGACAAAUUUAGCGAGCAGAACGUCAUGAGAUGAAAUGUUCACUAUUGCACCGUGAUUCAAUGAUCUGCUUCAAAGGGAGGCUAUCAUUUCUUUAAAGGCAUGCCACCCUGAGUUUGGGGUCUUGAGCUCAUUGCAGCGUUUUCAUCUGGUUUUCAGUUUUUUUUUGCCUCCUUUAAUAUUUUGCGUCUUUUUUUCUCUGAUCUUCUAUAAACA